CGGAAGUUGGUUAGGCUGCCUUCUCUGCUCAAGAUGGCAGCUCCUGGAUUUACUCCUGGUGCCUUCGUAUUUCUAUUGUGCAUUAAUUCUGUGGCUAAUUAUCCCAGUGGAAAAGUGACACAGUCGUGCCAUGGAAUGAUUCCUGAACAUGGUCACAGGCCACAGGCUGACCCUGUUCACCACAUCACAGUCAGUCAGGUGACGUUCAGACCAGGAGAUCAGGUCGAAGUUACUUUGUCAGGACCACCAUUUAAAGGCUUCCUCCUAGAAGCUCGAAAUGCUGAGGAUUUGAGUGGUGUUCCUGUUGGCUCUUUCACGUUGAUUGACAGUCAAGUGUCACAGCUUCUGACUUGUGAAGAUAUCCAGGGAUCAGCUGUGAGUCACACAAGUUCAUCCAAAAAAACAGAAAUUAAAGUCUACUGGAAUGCUCCAAGCAGUGCCCCGAAUCACAUACAAUUUUUAGUCACGGUUGUUGAGAAGUAUAAAAUCUACUGGGUGAAGAUUCCUAGUCAGAUAAUUUCACAACCAGAUGCGCUUCCUUUUACAACACUUAAAGCCACAGUAUCACCUUUGUCAACACCAACUCCAGUUUCCCGUUUAACCAAACUAUUCAGUGCCUCAGACUGUGGGAAGAAGAAGUUCUGUAUUAGAAGUCCUUUGAGCUGUGACCCAGAGAAGGAGCAGGCCUGUGUCUUCUUGUCCUUCACAAAACAUGACCAUUCGGUGAUGGUUGAAAUGAGUGGUCCCAGAGAAGGCUAUUUAUCCUUUGCAUUUUCUCAUGACCAAUGGAUGGGUAAUGAUGAUGCUUAUUUGUGUAUCAAUGAAGGUCAGACUGUUCAUGUACAGCCUGCACAUUUUUCAGGGCGAAGUCACCCUGUAAUGGACUCUAGGGAUCCUCUUGAGGCUGUGGCUUGGAGGUUGGCGGAUGGUGUUAUGCAGUGUUCUUUCAGAAGAAACAUUACCCUUCCUGGGGUUAAGAAUAGAUUUGAUCUAAACACAAGCUACUACAUAUUUCUAGCAGAUGGUACAGCUAAUGAUGGUCAAAUUUAUAAGCACUCUCAGCAACCUUUGAUUACAUAUGAAAAACAUAAUGUGACAGAUUAUCCUAAGAACAUAGGGGGAUCCCGAUCUUCACUCCUUUUGAAGGUUCAUGGUGCCUUAAUGUUUGUGGCAUGGAUGACUACUGUUAGCAUAGGGGUUCUAAUUGCCCGGUUCUUCAGAUCUGUUUGGUCAAAAGCUUUCUUCCUUGGAGAAGCAGCUUGGUUUCAGGUGCAUAGAUUGCUCAUGCUUACCACAUCUGUGCUCACCUGCAUUGCUUUCAUCAUGCCUUUUAUAUACAGAGGAGGCUGGAGUUGGCAUGCAGGUUACCACCCAUAUCUUGGCUGUAUAGUGACGGCAUUAGCAGUUCUUCAGCCUCUUCUGGCAGCCUUCAGGCCACCUUUGCAUGACCCAAGAAGGCAAAUGUUUAACUGGACUCAUUGGAGUGUGGGAACAGCUGCUAGAAUAAUAGCAGUGGCAGCAAUGUUCCUGGGAAUGGACUUACCAGGAUUGAAUCUUCCCCAUCCAUGGAAAACCUAUGCAAUGAUUGGAUUUGUAACUUGGCAUAUCGGGACUGAGAUUGUUCUGGAGAUACAUGCUUAUCGACUCUCUCGAAAAGUUGAAAUAUUGGAUGAUGAUAGAAUUCAGAUCCUUCAGUCACUUACUGUAGCUGAAGCAGAGGGCCAUGCUUUUAAAAAGAUGGUGUUGGCAAUUUAUGUCUGUGGGAAUGUGACUUUCCUCAUCAUAUUCUUAUCUGCAAUCAACCAUGUGUGAGCAAGGAAAGACCUCACUUUUUGUGGGCCGGGUAAUAAUUAUCAUCAAACCAAAGAAACAUGAAUCCCGUACUGACUGCCGGGAGCAUACUCUUGGAUUCUUAUUUAGAAGAGUAGGAUCAUGUCUAGAAAGGGAUUCUGAAGUUCAAUUUCUACAGAGCAAGUUCAGGAAGGUCAAAUGGGGUAUAAACUGAUGUCAGACCCUGAUGUGUACUUCUGUGUCUUAAAGGCAGCAUUAUACAUGGAGAAAUAACUCUCUUAUAUUCCAAGACUUUUAAGAAACUUAGAAUUUAAGAAAACACAAGAACAAUUUGGAAAAACAAAAUAUCAUGCCAUUAGGAUAAAAGGGACAUUUUAUUAAGGUAAAGAUAUUUUGGCCUACAAAGCUGCUGUGGUACCUUACAGAAAACAUUUUCACUAGAUGGUAAUCUAGAUGGUCUUUGAAUUUGUGUUUUGUUUGUUUUGGUACCUGGGAUUGAACCCAGGGGCAGUUAACCACUGAGCCACAUCCCCAGCCCUUUUUAUAUUUUAUUUAGAGACAGGGUCUUGCUGAAUUGCUUAGGGCCAUGUUAAGUUGCUGAGGCUGGCCUCAAACUAGUGAUCUUCCUGCUUCAGCCUCCCUAGCUGCUGGGAUUACAGGUGUGUGCCACUGUGCCCAGUUGGACUUUUUAUUAGAAACUAUGUUUUUCAAUCUAGUUUUCAGGACAUUUUAUUUCCUCCCUGUAUUUUAAUGCUUUUCAGGUCAAAGGUGGAAGUGUGAUAGACUCCAUUGAGGGUUUCAUUAACAAUUAUAUUAUUAGACUUAUAAUUUCUUUGUUAGCAAUGAAAUGCAAGUAUACAUAUUUUGCCUAAAUAUAUUAUUUAUUUAUCGGCAGAGCUGAAAUGAUAAUUUAUAUGUUAUUUUGAGUAUAAGUCCUUACAGCAUUUGGAGAUUGUAUUUCAAAACUACCAAAAUUCAUCCUUUUGGACAUAUUUAAAAAUUAUUUUCUUUACUUGUGAAAAUAAAAUAAUAUGGGUGGUUUUGUUUUGUAAGAAGCUCCUGCUGUUGUAAUGGAUUAGUACAGUCAACCCAUUCCAAUUAUGGCCAGGUGUCAUACUUGCUAUGAGGACUUGUAACCAGCGGGUGGUGCUCUAGUACAAAAUACUCAUUUGUUUCUCUUGUGCUGUGAUUCAUUUUAGUACUUAAAACAUUAUGGGGUGGCAUUUUCCUACAUAUUAUCAGCUCUUCUUAAUAUUCCUUUGAAAAAUUCCUGCAUUUUUUUGUUGGUUUAGGGCAGUGGUUGUAGAAACUUGAAUUAGGGGCUGGUGUUAUUCUUUUCUAGUUUCAUUUCUGUUUUCUAAUUGUGGAUAUUUAUAAGAGUUGUUGGAUAUUUCCUCUAGCAAAUGUAUACAAUCACCAUAGGCAAGGGAAACAAGCAAAAUGUACGUUUUUAAGAUAAAAAAGCAUAGGGGUCAUCCUUAAUUUUUUAGGUAUUCUUUAUUUCUUUGGGUAUUGUGUUAUAGUUUCUGCUUGGUCCAAGAGCCUGAUUUCUUUCUGUAAAUAAUGGCUUAGCUGUCUACCACACAUCUUUUGCUGGAUGAAGUGAUAUGGAAGUUUUCUUCUUGUUGCUUAUAUAGGUGUUCAGCAUAAGUAGCUUAGGGCAUAGUGCCAUGUUACUUAUAAUCUAAGCAUUCCUUGUGAAUGUCUAUUAAAAAUUAAUAUAGCAAAGUAAAUGUGCACUAAAAUAUUUCAGUUUUUUAAUAAGGGGAUUAAAAGCAAGACAUUUCUCUUAAUAUGUUAUAUUUUAUAUCUGGUAAAGAAAAAUUCUUUCAGGGAAAGGUGAGCCUUAUUAUGUUUGAGUUUUAAGUGGGCUUGCUGGGUUUCAACUGCUGAGGCCGAUAUCACAACUUUUUGUUUUUCACUGAUUCAUAUGUUGGUGCUAUUCUGAUACUUCUUCAACUGACAUAUAGAACUAUACAAAGAAAUAUUUGUCACUUAAUCUUAGUAGACCAGAUCUUUUCACUAGGACCAAAUUAUGAUUCUUCUACUGAUGAAUGAUUGGUAUCCAUAAAUUACAAACACUUAUUCUUUGCUCUUCCGAGGUUUGAUUCCUGUUUCUAGGUAGUUAAAAAAAAAUUCUUUUGAUCUGUGUGAUUGUUAAGCUUAAAUACUUUAUACUUGGUCAGUGUUGCCAAAAACAGUGUGCAAAAUCACAAAUUUUUUUUUAAUUUUUUGUUUAAGAAAGUUGCUCUAUAAAAUAAAGUAAGUAUUUUUUUUGGAAAAAAAAUGAAACAAGUUCUAGAAAAUUGUGGUUAAGGUAGCAUUCAUGACUGAGGCUACUUUUUAUUUUUAUUUUUUUAUAGUCUGUGGAAAUCAAUUUUAAGUGUGCAUAGGUAGUCUAUAGCAUGAGUUACUGAAUAAGUGAAGCAAAUUCACUUUAGUAGUUAGUUGGAUUUAUCAGGAUUUCUGGCUCACUUUAAUAUGUGUUAAGUGAUACCUCAUCCCCUCCACAUCUGGCCUCAGUCCAGGAUGCCAUGGGAAAAAGACAAAUAUAACAGAUGCCAACUAGGAAGCUCCAGGGGAACAUGUAACUGUUGGCUGAAAUUCUGUUUAUCUAUAUACUCUGGAAAAGCAGUGGGAAGAAAAGAACAAAGGUCUUUGUUUAAGAAAAUGCUUUAUAGGUGGGAAUGAAAGAAAAGAUUCUUCUAAGUUCUUUUCAAACCAGAUUAGGAUACUCACUGUUCCUAUCCAUAUCCUGCUGCUUUCUUCCUUGCCUAGUUCCUACCAAGUUCAACUGUGUACCAGGGUCACUGAAGUUACCCACCUCGAAUGGUCUUUCUCUUCCCAGCAAAAGCUAGUUUUUCAAGUUUGGUUCAAGUUCUUACUUCUCUUUGGAGUCUUCUCUGACUCUGUCCAACGUGGGUCUCAUUUGUCCUGACCAACAGGAUGGUGUGGAAUGGGAGGAAGCUCACUCUAUAAGUUUAAAAAGGAGUGGGAGGGCUGGGGCUAUAGCUCAGUAGUAGAGCACUUGCCUAGCAUGUGUGAGGCACUUGGUUCAAUCCUUAGCACCAUGUAAAAAUAAAUAAAUAAAGGCAUUCUGUCCAUUUACAAGUACAAAAAAAAAAAAAAAAAAAAAGGAUGGGAACAGAAGACCUGAGUAUCCAGGUUUGCCUGUAGACUAACAAGCUGCAUUAUCUGCUGUGAGUCCCAUUUAUUCUGAAAAACCCGUGAACCCGUGUCACUGAACAUUUGUGAGAACUGAGUGAAAUGUGCCAGCCAGAGGUGCUUGCUAUCUCACUGCCAUUUAUGCCAUCUAUGCUGUUUGAUUACAGUAUUAAACUUUAAUAGUUUUUGUCUAUAAAAUGUGUGCUUUGUGUUAUGUAAAAUACUUGAUGUUUUUCUUGAAGCAUUAUGUUAAAUUAAAUGAUACAAAAAGACAACCAUUAAAUGAUUCCAUUUAUAUUGGCA